AAAACAGCAGCGGCAAUGCUGGCUCGUCCAACCUCCAUCCGCUCCCUCGCCUUCCACCGCCGCCUCCCGCUUCCCCACCCUCCCGCCCUCCUCCGCCGGCCUCAGGGUCCGCCUCCCUGCCCCACCCCAACGCGGUCUCUCAUGGUCUUCUCCGCGGAGAUAGCGGUCGAAGAGGCGGAGGAGGAAGCCCUCUCCACCGGCGCUGGAGACGGCGGUGAGGUGAGCACGGAGGAGUGGCAGCGAUGGGGAACCUCCUCUCCUCUCCCAAAUGUGGUGUCCGCCGUCGUCCGCGAGCUGCUCCGGAUGGAAUCCUUGGCCGGCGAGAAGAUGCGGUUCGGUGGCGUUGGCUCCAAGCUGAAGGGCGAUUUCAAGGACGUGGAGGAUAAGAAGCACAGGGCUGUGUACGAGACGCUCCCCGACUCCGAUCAGAAGCUGCAGUACUACUCUGCACGGCAGAUUGGUUGCCGUCUGCUCGGGAGCAGGGGGUAUCUGUGCCAGAAGUGCUGGCUACCAAUGGAAGAUUGUAUGUGCUCAAAACUUGCCCCUUGCAAUUUGUGGAGGGGAAUAAAAUUCUGGCUAUACAUGCAUCCAAAGGACUUCUUGCGGCAAAACAACACUGGAAAGUUACUCUGGCAAGUAUUUGGCAUCCAAGCUGCGCCCUUGUGUCUCUUCGGCAUCCAAGAACAGGAAGAUAUAAUGUGGGAUGCAUUCCAGCGGUCAGGAAAGGGGAAGGUCUCAUUUCUGUACCCAAAUAAGAGUACAACCCCCAAAUCUGUCCAGGAUCUUAAAUUUGAUGAUUUGACCUUGAAUGCUGAAUGUCAGGAGAUGGAAGCACAAGGUGAACCUCUUAACUUGGUCUUGCUUGAUGGUACCUGGAGUAACUCUGCCGCAUUAUACAGAAGGCUGAAGGAGAGAUGGGCUGCAAUAUGGGGGGAGGAAGACAUACCGUGUAUCUCACUGUCUAUGUUGAGCGCUUCAGUGAUGCAUAAACUGCGACCUCAGCCAGCAUGGGAUCGUACCUGCACUGCGGCAGCCGCAGCUGGUCUCCUCUCGGAGCUGCACAUGCGGCCUGACCUCAGUGCGUUCAAGCUGGAAGAGCAAGCUGAGGCAGUGGAGUGCUCGUUGGAUGUCUUGCUAGAUGCUCUCACAGUGCGACGGGUUCGCUUGGGUCGAUCUAUUACUCGAAAACAGAGGCAUAGAAGGGACUGCAUAUAGUGAACGACAGCAAAGUUAUGAUAUGCCUGGAAGGUUUAUUAUAUUUUUUUCCCGGAAGGGGAGAGUUAAUCAGAUAGGUUUUUUAGGUCACAAAUUCGUCAUUCUGGUGGUGUUAAUUUGUUAGUAGUUGUUUCUUGAUCUUACAGCUAGGCAUAAAGAGCAAUUUAUCGACUGUUAUGGAAGCUAUACUUGUAAGGCUGUAGCUGUGAUAUUAGAAGUUUGGAACAGACUGAAAUGGAGCAAUCCAAAGGUUAGUAGGAUAUGAAAUCAGCACUGUAAAACUAUGGUAUAUACGAGGUUAAUGUGCUGCAACUGGAUGUCAGAUUUGUUUUCCC